CGCCUCUGCGCUUCUGCCGCGCUCUCUGCGCUCUCCGCCCUCCUCUGGCCGGCUAUGGCUCCCGGCACCGCCUGUCCCGCGCUGCCCGCGCUCCUGGCCCUGAUCGGAGCUCUGCUCCCAGGACUUGGAGGUGCCCAAACAUCAGUGCACCCCCCAGAAGCCAUCAUACCCCGAGGAGGCUCCGUGCAGGUGAACUGUAGUACUUCUUGUGACCAGCGCUCCAUCUUGGGCCUGGAGACUCAGUUGACGAAGAAGGAAGUGGCCCAUGGGGCCAACUGGAAGGUCUUUGAACUGAGUGAUGUGCAAGAAGAUAGCCAUCCCAUAUGUUUUGCAAACUGUCAGAAACAGACGAUGGCUUCAAUGUCCCUCACCGUGUACUGGUUCCCGGAGCGAGUGGAGCUGUUACCCCUACCCCGCUGGCAGCCCGUGGGCGAAAACUUCACUCUGCGCUGCCGGGUGGCCGGCGGGACGCCCCGGGACAGCCUCUUCGUGGUGCUCCUCCGCGGGGAGGAGGAGCUGAGCCGGCAGCCGGCCCCUGUGGAGCCCGCCGAGGUCGAGGUCACGGUCUCGGUGCUGGCGGGCAGAGACAACCACCUCGCCAAUUUCUCCUGUCGCACGGACCUAGACCUGAGGCCCCGAGGGCUGGGAUUGUUCCAGAACAUCUCGGCCCCCAGGCAGCUCCGAACCUUUGUCCUGCCAGAGACCCAGCCAUGCCUUGGUACCCCCAGGAUCAUAGAAGUGGGCACACAGUGGGCUGUGAACUGCACUCUGGAUGGGCUGUUCCCAGCUGCGGAGGCCAAAGUCAGCCUGACGCUGGCAGAACAGAAACUGCCCUCUACAUCCCUGUACAGCAAGGACUCCGUCUUGGCCACGGCCAAUGUCAAGGCAAACGCAGCACAGGAGGGCACCCAGGAGCUGGCGUGUGUGGUGACCCUGGGAGAACAAGACCGGAUAUGGAAGGAGGAUGUGACCCUCUACAGCUUCCCCCCGCCCAGCCUGACCCUAAGUGAGCCAGAGGUCUCAGAAGGGACUGUGGUGACUGUGGAGUGUGAGGCCCAGGCUGGAGUUGUGGUGUCGCUGAGCGGGCUGCCACCAGGGCAUCCAGCACCCAGGGCACAAUUCCAACUAAAUGCCAGCGCUGCGGACCACAGGCGCAGCUUUUCGUGCUCUGCUGCUCUGGACGUGGCUGGACACUUGCUGCACAAGAACCAGACCCAGGAGCUCCGCGUCCUGUAUGGUCCCCGACUAGACCAGAGGGAUUGCCCGGGAAACUGGACAUGGAAGGAAGGCUCCCAGCAGACCCUGCGGUGCCAAGCUUGGGGAAACCCGGCUCCUGAGCUGAAAUGUCACCGGAAGGGGGAUGAUGCUUUGCUGCCCAUCGGGGACCUGAGACCUGUCAAGCGGGAGGUUGCGGGCACUUACCUGUGUCAGGCCCAGAGCCCCCGUGGUGUGGUCACCCGCGAAGUGGUCCUGAACGUGACCUACGACCAGAAUAACAUGGUCAUCAUCAUUCUGGUGGCGGUUUUUGUCACCUUCGGAGCUCUGAGCGGAGCCGCUUACCUCUAUAACCGCCAGCGGAAGAUCCAGAAAUAUAGGCUACAGAAGGCCCAGGAGGCUGCUGCUAUGAAGCUGAACACACCAGCCACGCCUCCCUGAACCUGGGCCACGACCCGGCCUCCCCCUCAGCACCCCGCACGGUGGCAGCCGUGCCCCGUUGAACAACAGUGGUCACAAGCCAUGCAGCUCCACCCCCCUUCCCAGGAUGCCUGAGGACAGGCUAGAGGCCUCAGGGCACAGACAGCAUUUGGGGUCCUGGCACCUGCGCGGUUAGGAUCCCCAAGCCUCACACCUGACCUGGAGCCACAGGACUGAGCCACAAAGAGGGGGCAGGACUUGGGGCAUGACUGUGAGGGAUGUCAAAGCCUGCCCUGUCUUGGGGGGGGGUGUGGCGGGACACUCAACAUGGGACGACACCCAGCUGGGAAACAGUGAAACCCACCCCUACUGCGUGUGCUGAGGCCCUACAGCCCUAAGAGAGAAGUAACCUGCACAGACAAGCAGCAUGGAAACACAUGCCCCCAUACUCCCCUCUGACAGAUGCCAGGUCCAGCCCUGCUGUCCACGGACUGUCCCCAA